UUGGCUGACCGACUGUUUCCGGUGAGUGCGCGGAGAAGACACCCGGAGGUGGAGGCCCAGGACGCCCGGAUUACUCGGGAGAGCGACCGGAGGCCCGCCGCUCAGCCAUCUCCGGUAACUGCCCCGGCUGGGGGUGGACGACUUGUCGGAGCCGGAGCUGGUCCCGGAGCCUGUGCAUCAUGGCGUCGUGCGGCAGCGAGGAGGACCGCAGCCUGCGCGAGUGCGAGAACUAUGUGCAGAAAUACAACAUCCAGCAGCUGCUGAAGGACUGCAUCGUCCAGCUGUGCACCGCCCGGCCCGACAAGCCCAUGGCCUUCCUCCGAGAGUACUUUGAGCGGCUGGAAAAGGAGGAAGCCAGACAGACCCUGAGCCAGCAGAAGUCAGGCUCCCGUUCAGACUCCCGUGAAGAUGAGAUCUCUCCUCCUCCACCCAUGAACCCUGUAGUAAAGGGCAGGCGACGGCGCGGAGCGAUCAGUGCGGAGGUGUACACGGAGGAGGAUGCAGCCUCGUAUGUGCGGAAGGUCAUCCCCAAGGACUACAAGACCAUGGCCGCCCUGGCCAAAGCCAUCGAGAAGAACGUGCUGUUUGCCCAUCUGGAUGAUAAUGAGAGGAGUGAUAUCUUUGAUGCCAUGUUCUCCGUCACAUACAUCGCUGGAGAGACCGUGAUACAGCAAGGGGACGAAGGAGACAACUUCUACGUGGUGGACCAGGGGGAGAUGGAUGUUUACGUCAGCAGUGAGUGGAUGACCAGCAUAGGGGAGGGCGGCAGCUUCGGAGAACUGGCUUUGAUCUAUGGGACCCCGAGAGCUGCGACUGUGAAAGCCAAAACCAAUGUGAAGUUGUGGGGGAUCGACCGGGACAGCUACCGGAGAAUCCUCAUGGGCAGCACGUUACGAAAACGUAAGAUGUACGCAGAGUUCCUGAGCAAAGUGUCCAUACUGGAAUCUCUCGAUAAGUGGGAGCGGUUGACGGUGGCGGACGCACUGGAGCCGGUCCAGUUUGAGGAUGGACAGAAGAUUGUGGUGCAGGGGGAGCCCGGAGACGAGUUCUUCAUCAUCCUUGAGGGGACGGCUGCUGUGCUGCAACGCCGCUCAGAGAUUGAGGAGUUUGUGGAGGUCGGACGUCUUGGGUCCUCAGAUUAUUUUGGUGAAAUAGCUCUGCUGAUGAACAGACCCCGAGCGGCCACCGUCGUGGCCCGUGGCCCCUUGAAGUGUGUGAAGCUGGAUCGCCCGCGCUUUGAGCGGGUCCUGGGGCCCUGCUCUGACAUCUUGAAGAGAAACAUCCAGCAGUACAACAGCUUUGUCUCGCUGUCUGUGUGAGCGCCCACCUGCCCGCACCCUCCACCACCGCUUUACCUCCGCAGAUAGCUUGUGCUCUCCGCUGCCACCAUCACUCCUGUCAGUCCCGCCACCAGGACAAGCUGAAAGCCUCACCCCCUUCUUUCCUUUAGAAAUUGGUUUCUAUUAACCCUGGAGUUGCCAGUAGCUGGAGGUCCUGGUGCUGCCCAUUGUGUCCAUCUAUUGGGUGACCAAGGCCUUGGGUCCUGCUGCUUGGAAAUGAAUCGGGUGUCAUGUCCACCUCCUGUUUCUGCACACAAGGAAACGGCCGGGUGUGGCCCCGUGAUCUGCGUCCUGGGGCCCGGCAGCAUUUUAACCAGGCCCCAGGAAGUGCAGAUCACUGGGUCCCCAUAGGCUCCGUCGCCGGUUUUAUCCGCUUGUUUUUUAAUGUGAUGCCGUCAUUUAGCGGUGAGCGCGGGGCGUUUGGGGGAAAGCUGAUUCUUUUGCGCUCUGUAGACUCGUACGCAGGCUCCGUCCGUCUCGUCACAUUAAGAGGACCAGUUUUGUAUCGUUAUCUGAUCAUUUACUGUAUGUGCUCAGAUCUCUCUGAAUAAAGAUGGAUUCCUUUUCUUAUAGAUUCUCCUCACAAGCCGUUAGCAAUAAAAUGAUUUGACUUCUUA